ACACGAAAUAUUUAAUAUCAGAGAGAAGCUCCAAAAGCAAAGCGUUCAUUAUGAUAUAACUUAUGUUAGCUUUGCUUCGAAAGUUGUAUGUAAAUUAGCUAUAAGUUAUAUCAGAGAAUGUAGAAUGUAUUUUACAUUCUCUGGUUAUAUGACAGAAUUAAACAGUGCGCACAAACUUAAAAACGAAAAGGGAAUUCGACGAAAAGUAUGACCAAAAGCUUAAGCGAUAACAUCUAAAAUAAAAAAAACAUUCUUUGACUUAAGCAGUUGUCAAUAUUUGCUUAGAUAUUUGCAUUCCUAUAUCAACCAAAAUUCCAAUAACUUGAAAAUAUUUACUUAUAAUUUAAAUUAGAUUCCAAACAAGUAUAUAAAUUGAAAUACAGCAGUUAUGCCGGCCUACCAUUCACAGAUUAAGGAAUUUCCCCAAGUGGUCGGAAAUAUGGCAAUAUUGCCUUUACGUACCCAAGCUCGUGGACCUGCCCCCUGUGCCAAUAUUGAAAACGAUAUCAUUGAUGAGUCACUAUAUUACUUCAAAGCAAAUGUUUUCUUCCGUACAUAUGAGAUAAAGUCUGAAGUGGAUCGUGUGCUCAUUUACAUUACCCUGUAUAUAACCGAAUGCUUGAAGCGCUUACAACGCUGUAGUAACAAAAAUCAAGGAACUCAAGAAAUGUACAGUUUAGCAAUUUCAAAAUUUGAUAUUCCUGGAGAUGCAGGAUUUCCAUUAAAUGCUGUUUAUGCUAGACCACAAAAUACACAAGAAGGAGAUUUAAUGCGUCAAUAUUUCUUACAAUUGCGACACGAAAUCGGAAAUCGCGUUUGCGAGAAAGUAUUCAACAGUGAAGACGGAAAGCCCAAUAAAUGGUGGAUUUGUUUCGCUAAAAAGAAGUUUAUGGAGAAAUCUUUAUCUGGGCCUGGACAAUAGACAUGUCUAUUCCUUUCGCAACUAUUAUUUAAUUACAAAAUAUGUCGUCUCAAAAUGAAUAAUAAAAUGUAACAUACAAAUAAUUGCGUUAAUUAAAGCCUUUAUUCAAGCUA